AUGGGGAGUUUACAAGGUUUACAGGCGAUGUUAAAGCAUCCGGAUGAUAUUUAUCCAUUGUUGAAGCUCAAGAUGGCGGCCAAGCAGGCGGAGAAACAGAUCCCGACGUCGCCACACUGGGGAUUCUGUUAUACAAUGCUUCAUAAAGUUUCUAGAAGUUUCGCUCUCGUUAUCCAACAGCUUGGCUCAGAGCUUCGUGACGCUGUAUGCAUUUUUUAUUUGGUUCUUCGAGCUCUUGACACUGUCGAGGAUGAUACAAGCAUAGAUACUAUGGUUAAGAUACCAAUUUUGAUGGAAUUCCAUAGCCAUAUCUAUGAUCCUGACUGGCAUUUCGCAUGCGGUACAAAGGAAUACAAAAUUCUGAUGGAUCAGUUCCAUCAUGUUUCUACUGCCUUUUUGGAGCUUAAUGGAAGUUAUCAGGAGGCAAUUGAGGAUAUUACCAUGAAAAUGGGUGCAGGAAUGGCAAAAUUUAUAUGCAAAGAGGUUGAGACAGUUGAUGACUAUGAAGAGUAUUGCCAUUAUGUUGCGGGACAUGUUGGAUUAGGACUGUCGAAACUCUUUCAUGCCUCCGGUAAAGAAACUUUGCUUCCUGAUUCCAUCUCCAAUUCAAUGGGCAUAUUUCUCCAGAAAACAAACAUCAUUAGAGAUUAUCUUGAGGACAUAAAUGAAAUACCCAAGGCACGUAUGUAUUGGCCUCAAGAGAUUUGGGGUAAAUAUGUGAAUAAACUAGAGGACUUGAAAUAUGAAAAGAACUCAGAGAAGGCUGUUCAGUGCCUGAAUGAUAUGGUGACAAAUGCUUUAGCGCAUAUCGAAGAUUCUUUAAAGUAUUUGUCCGAAUUACAUGAUCCAGCAAUCUUCAAGUUUUGUGCUAUACCACAGAUCAUGGCAAUUGGAACACUAUCUUUAUGCUACAACAACAUUGAAGUUUUUAGAGGUGUAGUGAAAUUGAGACGUGGUCUUACUGCAAAAAUAAUCGAUCGGACUAAAACCAUGGCAGAUGUCUAUAGUGCUUUUUAUGAUUUUUGCUCAUUGCUCAAAAUCAAGGUUGAUUUGAAGGACCCAAAUGCUCAUGUAACAAUCACCAGCAUAGAAUCUGCCCAAAAAAUUUGCAGGGAAUCCGGCACCCUCGACAAAAGGAAAUCGUACAUAGCCGACGACUUGCCAAACUACGGUCCAGCUAUGAUUGCUAUUCUUGUCGUUAUAUUGGCAAUUCUUUACGCAUAUCUAUCUGCUAAUCGAUCCAGCAAAGCAAAAGUUACAUUGUGA